AUGAGGAAAAUUUGGUGGAGAGCAUUGUGUUACGAACUGAUGCUUGUAACUGCUGAUGCUGAGAUUGAUGUGCCCAUAUGCCCGGAGGGUUUGGAGUCCUACACAUGGUUGGAUCUGGAAUGGGUUAAUGGGGCUCUUAUAGAUGCUAUAAAUGUAAAUCUAGUUUGUAAUUUUGAGGUUGUGGACGGUACGAUCGUUGAUGGUUGA